CUGGGUGGUAGACAUCCAUAGCUCCGAGUGUUCCUGAAUGCAACCUACAGUGCUUCAAUAAAGUGCUUUCACUACUUUAAGAGGAAAUAAGACAUCCAAUCUGUGUAAAUCGUGUGUGCGGCUACACACGAUAAAAGACCUGCUCGUUCUUACUACAUUGCUGUAAUUAGUGUAAUGUGUUCAAAGGAAAGUAUAGCAUCUAUCCGGGGAGCUGGUCCUCUUAUCUUGGAUGGUGGGCUAGCAACGGAGCUAGAGGCUCAAGGUUUUGGGUUACAGGGGGAUCCAUUGUGGAGUUCCAGACUCUUGCAUACUAACCCACAGGCCAUACAAGAUGCCCAUUGCAGGUUUCUUGACAGCGGAGCGGAUGUGGUUUCCACGGCGACCUACCAGGCCAGCAUCAAAGGCUUCAUGGAGCACCUUGACAUGAGCUUAGAGUCGGCCCAGGAGCUGAUGAAGUCAGGAGUUCACCUGGCCCAAGAAGCCGUCCAGCAGUUUGUCACCAGCAACAAUGAUACAGAGCGAGGGCGACCCCUGGUGGCGGGGUGUGUCGGUGCGUACGGUGCGUUUCUACUGGACGGCUCGGAAUACUCUGGAGGAUACGCUGAAGCGAUGAGUAUAGAGGAGCUGAAAGCCUGGCACCGGCCUCAGAUCAGCUGCCUCGUGUCCGCGGGGGCAGACCUGGUAGCUAUGGAGACCAUCCCCAGUGUGAAGGAGGCGGAGGCCUUGCUGGAGCUCCUCAGAGAGUUCCCCAGCUGUAAGGCCUGGCUGUCCUUCUCCUGUAAGGACGGCCGGUCGCUGUGUGACGGGAGUCCGUUCCUGGAGGCGGUGCGGCUGGCUCAGAGGUGCAGCCAGCUGGUGGCCGUAGGGGUGAACUGCUGCUCCCCGUUGCUGAUCCGGCCGCUGCUGGACACGGUCAGCCCGCUGAGAAGCCCCGACCUGCCCUGGGUGGUGUACCCCAACAGUGGAGAGGAGUGGGAUAGACUCAGCGGGUGGAAUGCCUCGGGGUCAAAGGUUUCAUCCAUAGCAGAACUGAGCCAGGAAUGGUUGAAACAAGGAGCCACGAUGAUUGGGGGCUGCUGCCGCGUGGGUCCCACUCACAUCACGGAGCUACGUAAACGUCUACUAAUCAAGUGACGAUGGAGCCACUCGACCCUUAGGUGUUAUCGCCGUACAUCUUCCCAGCAGAUUCCCUUGCUGCAUGAAGGUGGAGUUCAACACGGAGCCUUGGCAGCUACGGCUCACCGAUACUUUAUAGGAUCAGGAGAACAACAGCUGAUACCUGAUCUGGAACAAAAAGCCAUUUACCAUUGACAAAACUGCUGGUAAAAAUCAUAUGUCUGUACUCUGUUUAAGUGUAGAUACCUUGAACUGUGACGGUGUAUUGAAGGAUAAUUGUCAUUGCUUGAUACUGUCAACCUUCAUUCAUUUCUAGUUUUUUCAGACGAAUCUAAAACUCGGCCCUGUUUUUAAAAUACUUGCUUGGCUACAAAACCGGAAAUAUAUAUUAUUAUAUUGAAUUUGUCUCCAUAGGAAGAAGCCUCCAUUGGGUGUCAGUUUAUUGAUUUUCAUUAAUACAUUCUGUCCAUUAAGCAAAAAUAGGAGUUGUUGUGGACCCUGAAAAAAGUUAUUCUGUUACACGGAACAUUCCUUAUUUUAGUUGCAUAAGCACUACACAGAUUGUUUAGAUCAAACGUUCGCACUGUAACACAGAUUAACGCAGGCCGUAACCAAGCAGAACCCUUGAACACACCUCGUUCCCCUCUUACAGAGCUCAGCACUCUGGCAUCAACAGACAACACAACCUAGUACCGUUGCAAUAAGUUAGACAAUAUAGCAUUAAGUUCAGAUGUGUAUCACAGUAUUAAGAAAAAGGACCUGAAUUCAUUGAAGAUUAUGUAUUUUGCAAGUUUAGGUUAAAUGCUUAUUUCAUCAUUGGUCACAGUCUAAUUAAACAACUGAAAUAAUCCGA